AUGAUCCGGGGAGCCUUCGAAAACCUGUUCCUGAGUGUGCGCGAAGCGCUGCAGGGGGAGCGCCGAGCGGCUGCACUAACAGAGGGAGCCCAAGCAGCUGCUGCCUGGGGGGAGAACCGGGGCACACACCCCCCUGCUCCGCCACCUACAACCUGGAGUGAAGCUUCAGAAGCACAGCCUCUGCCUUCGUGGACGGACCCCAGGGCUCUCCACCAGACCCCCAGCUGGGGGGAGACUCAGUCAGGAGAAGCCCCCCGGAGUCCUCAGACGGAGGGAGCCCAAUUCCUCGUGCUGAGCGGCUGUCCCACCGAGCUCAAAGAGAUCCUGGGUGGCCAAGGAGGAGGCAUGCUGGAGCCCGAGGAAGGAGCCUCAGAUCAGCCGCACAAGGAAAGUUACACGAGAGCUCCAGAGGGGAUCUCUGACACCGCCAAGGAGCUCUGUAAAGCCGUGUCCGUGUCCCUGGGGCUGACCAUGGAAGCGCUGGAGCAUCUGAGCUCAGAGGAGGAGGCGCAGAGGGGAGACUGCAUGUUCGCCGGGCCGCCUGCUCAUCCCCUGGACACCCACAAGUGCCAAGUGGGAGAGGAGGACAAGAGUGACACCUCAUCCCCCCAGUACCGUGAAGGGGCCUUCAGGAGGAGCAGCCAGAUCAACUUCCCCGCUGGCAAAACCCCAGAGAAUGGCACAGUAAUGGGCACCAAGGACAAGGAGCAGCCUUGUACAGACUUGGCACUGCCAGAGCACGGCUGCUUCAGACCCCGUGGCAUGGAGCUGACCCCCAGCCUCACUCUUUAUAAACCCACAGCCUUCAUGGAAGAUGCCCCUGCUUUCCCUGGCAGGGACUAUUACAGCUUUCAGAUGGCACUGGCACCUCAUGGCAGAAUCAAGGUGGAGAACGCCAUGGAUUACCCUGGCACUGCCUGGGGGACACCGGGCAGAUACAGCGAGCUGUCUGGCUUUGCCCACUGUGGCCCACCUGCCCACUGGCACUCUUUAUUUGAAGAGGGACAAUCCAGUGGUUCUUAUCCUGAGACAGGCCUAUAUAACUACCAGCGUGGUCAUGUGCCCCCUGGCACCGAGGGCGACUUCCCCUCGGACACUUGUUACCCAGGACCAGCAAUGUUGAGCAGAGGGCUACCCUAUGGCAGUCCUAUGAAGAGUGAGAUGUCCCCUUGGAUGGAGGGUUACCCAGGAGCCUUCGGAGAAAUGAGGUAG